UAAAGUUCAGCGCGCGCGGGAAAAGACAGGAGUACUGCAUAAGAAAGAAGCCAAGGAAGGAGGCAGCUGCAGUACGUUCUGCUGCAUUACAGUGAGACACAAUGAAGGUCAUCACGUGUGAGAUUGCAUGGCAUAAUAAAGAGCCUGUCUACAGCAUUGAUUUCCAGAAUGGUAUAAACAACCAGAUAAACCGGUUGGCUACAGCUGGUGUUGACACAAUCGUACGAAUGUGGCAGGUAGAAAAAGGUCCCGAUGGAAAAGCUAUAGUAGAGUUCCUGUCUAAUUUAACACGCCAUACCAAAGCUGUCAACGUAGUUCGAUUUUCCCCAAAUUCUGAGCUUCUGGCAUCUGGAGGAGAUGAUGCUGUGAUUUUGCUUUGGAAACUUAAUGACAGCAAGGAACCUGAACAGGUGACUUUUCAGGAAGAUGAAGAUGCUCAGCUCAACAAAGAGUCCUGGACAGUAUUUAAAACUCUUAGAGGUCACAUAGAGGAUGUCUAUGACAUUUCUUGGUCAAUUGAUGGCAAUUUCAUGGUGUCUGGUUCAGUGGAUAAUACUGCUAUAAUGUGGGAUGUCAAUAAAGGACAGAAGAUGUCCAUUUUUAAUGACAACAAAAGUUAUGUACAGGGAGUUACUUGGGAUCCACUGGGACAGUACAUUGCUACUCUCAGCUGUGACAGGGUUAUGAGAGUAUACAGCACACAGACCAGGCGAAAGGUAUAUGGUGUGAGUAAAAUAUCUGCUGGGAUAGCAACAGAGGGAGAGGUUAAAAGCUACAGAAUGUUUCAUGAUGACAGCAUGAGAUCUUUUUUCCGUCGACUUACUUUUAGUCCAGAUGGGUCCUUCCUUUUUGCACCAGCUGGGUGUGUUGAAGCAGGAGAAAAUGUCACGAAUACAACAUAUGUUUUUUCAAGGAAAAACUAUAAAAGGCCUAUAGCUCAUUUGCCAUGUCCUGCUAAAGCAACUUUAGCUGUACGAUGCUGCCCUGUGUUUUUUGAACUAAGAAAGUCUACAAACCAAGAUGACUCUGCUCAGAAAAACAGUCUUUUCAACCUUCCAUAUCGAAUGGUUUUUGCUGUUGCCUCUGAGGACUCACUGUUUCUUUAUGAUACACAGCAGUCAUUCCCAUUUGGGUAUAUAUCAAAUAUUCACUAUCAUACACUCAGUGAUGUCACUUGGUCAAGUGAUGGUUCAUUUUUAGCUGUUGCUUCCACUGAUGGAUAUUGCUCCUUUGUGACUUUUGAAGAUGGUGAGUUGGGGACACCCCUGAAGGAGAAACCUGUACUUGAAGUUCAAACUCCAGGAACAGGUUUGGAAAAGAAAAUGAAGAGGGUUCAGAGGACCUCGUCUCCAGUGCCGAAGUCUGUGGACCUAAGUCCUGUAGGAAUAAAAAAUGGAGACUCUGCCACUACCAGCCCAUCUGUAGAAAAGAGCCCAUGUAGUGCAGAAGGGAAGGACUCCAUUGCCACUCCUCAGAAUGCCAAAAUGGCAACUCCAACUCUGAUUCCAGAGGAGAAAAAUACUUUAAAUGUUGCAAGCACAAAAAGUAACCAGCCCCGGAGGAUUAUGUUGAAAACCAUAGAAAGUUGGAGCAAGCAGAACUCUGCCAAUGUACCCACACCUAGGAGAAUAGCUCUUACACCGGUUUCACCAGCAUCAUCCGGCAUGUCUAAUGCCAUGACACCUACAUCUUCAGUGGACAAAGUAAAACAUGAUAGACCUUCCCCUCCUGGAGACAACUUUUGCAAACCACCAGCACCUAAGCGCCCUAAAAAAGAAGACCAUGAGCCUUCACAAGAAACUAAAUCUCCUGAAACCAGAUGAUUUUCCAGAAUUAAAACUGUAAUGGCAUUUUUAUUUUCUUUGCACUUCCUGUAUAGCUUCAUUUUUUGUAUAAUGAUAAAUCAACUUCUUGUACACAAAAA